CAACCGUCGCGGUGAUUUGCAUAUUCAUGAGUCUGAGCGCGGCCAGCCGGCCGGGCGAGCCUCGGAGACGUAAUGAAUUAUUCAUAAGCAGCGUCCGCCCCGCCCAGGGAGGCCUCGUGGAUUAUUCAUGAACCCGAAGGGGCGGGCUGGGCCGGAAAAGUCCGUUGAGUCCUGGGGAGAGCAAGGCGCUAACCAGACGAGAUUAUAUUUGUUGAAAGAAUCCUGAACCAUUUCUACAAUGUCCACUUUUCAACUGUCUCGCUCCGUCAGAAAACAAAAGGAGCCUAAGGGGACAGUUUUCCCAUCCCAAAUCACUAAUGAACGUGAAUCAUUGCUAAUGGUGAAGAAACUUUUUGCUACUUCUGUAUCAUGUAUAAUGUAUCUAAGGGGCUUGUUUCCAGAGAGCUGUUAUGGAGAACGUCGAUUGGAUGACCUCAGUUUAAAAAUACUCCGAGGAAACAAAAAAUGUCCUGGGUCACUGCAUAUUAUCAAAUGGAUUCAAGGUUGCUUUCAGGCUUUGGAAAAGAAAUACCUACACAUGGCAGUGCUUUUACUUUACACAAAUCCCAAGGAACCUGAGAAUGUUACUGAGAUAUACCAGUUCAAAUUCAAAUACACAACAGAAGGAGCCACUAUGGAUUUUGACAGUACUAGUACAAGCUUUGAAAGUGGAACAUAUAGUGACGAUAUUAAGAAAGCCAGUAUUUUACUGAUUCGUAAAUUGUACAUACUGACGCAGAACCUUGGACCUCUUCCUAAUGAAGUUAUACUUACUAUGAAACUCCAUUACUAUAAGGAAGUGACCCCACAUGACUACCAACCCCCUGGUUUUAAAGAAGAAGAAAAGAACUCACGCUUCCUGAGGUUUGAAGGGGAGCCUGUCAACAUGCAAGUGGGAUUGGUCUCCACUGGCUUUCAUAGAAUGAAAGUGAAAGUCACAACUGAGCCCUCCAGAGUGUCUGAUUUGGAGAAUAACCUCUUUUUGGAGAACAGCUCUACUGAGAUUGCUCAUCAGGGCCUAGACUGUGAUGAGAAAAAGGAGGAAUGCAACAAUCAAAUGAGAAGAAUGAAUUUUGUGUGCAGUCAGCAAAGUUCUGAAAGUUCCAGGAAGAAGACGAAGAUCAGCGAACCAGUGAAAAGGUUCAUCUCUAAAAGAAAAUGAAAGUUAGAUGCUUGUCUAUUUUAAAGUAAUUGUAUUUUGCAAAAAACAUAUAUAAAGUGUCUAAGCAGGAAAGUAAGAUCUUAUAACCAAAACUUUUUUCUAAUUUGUUUCUAAGUUUUUUACUCAAUCUACUGAAUAUUAAUCUAUUGAGUAGGGCUUAGGGUUACUUUGCCACAAGGAAUAAAAGUGACCAGGGCUGUUUUGGGAUAGCAUUACUUCAAGGCUGAGUUAGAGAUGAGACAUGCUUUAUGUUUAUAAAAGAACCACAGCACCUAUAAGCUGUUGUUCUCAAGGUAUUUAGACUACUAUAAAACUUGUUGUAACUUGUGCCCUGGAAUCUAUAGCUUUAUUAAAGUUCCUACGGAGUUGCUUAGGAAAUGUGUAAAGGUGCUUAGGUGGGUAUGAUUUAUGUGUUAACUUCAGUCACAAGGUAGAUUAGUUAAGUGUGGGACCAACAUGUGCUCUACAGUGUAUCAGCUAUCGUAGGGCCAACACAUCCUCUCCUUAUAGAAUUCCUCAACCUGAGCCCCAAGCCCUGUCCUGCUGGACAGCCUUAAAGAGGGGACAUGGUUUAAUUCAGGAGCCUGGUUCCCUUUUAAGUCCUAUAUUGACCAUUUCCCAAUAAAGACUUCAAGCUGGAGGUUUAGCUCAGUGGUUUUGCCACCUACCUCGUAAGCACAAGGUCCUGAGUUCAAUCCCAGUACCCCCAACCCCCCCCAAAAAAAACCCAAUAAACAUUUCAAUGUAACAGUUUGUAACCUGUAGGUGGUGUUAUUCAUCUCCGCAUCCUGGAAUUAUUUUUGAUAGACUUUAUGAUUGGUAUGA